CGUCAGUUCCGUCACAUGAACACCACCAGUGUCUUUCCGCUCUGUACCAUUGGAUACUUUUAACAUUAAUGCGUAUCAAUGGGGGGUAAGAAUAAACAACGAACUAAAGGAAAUGUCCGGCCGUCCAGUAGCGGCCGAGCUGCGGAGGCACUUACCCGGGAGGGAGGCGUCAUCCCGGGCUUUGUGGGCUUCGACACGACGGUCAACUCGGAGCUGAGUUAUGUCCCCGCUGUCCACGGGGCGGAGGAGAUAGACAACCUGGUGGAUGCAGAUUUCCGCCUGGUGCUCAGGAAACUGUCAAAGAGGGAUGUUGUUACCAGACUGAAAGCUGUGCAGGACUUUGGAUCCAUGUGCCAGGAACGGGAUGCUGAAGAGGUGAAAGGCGUCCUACCGUACUGGCCGAGGAUUUACUGCAAGAUAUCAGUGGACCAUGAUCGGCGGAUCAGGGAGGCCACCCAGCAGGCCUUUGAGCAGCUGGUGCUGAAAGUGCGCCGCAGCUUGGCCCCCUUUCUGAAGAGCUUGAUGGGCCACUGGAUCCUGUCCCAGUGUGACACUUACACACCUGCAGCCUCUGCGGCGUGCCAGGCCUUCCAGGCUGCGUUCUCCCCCAGCAAACAGCCCGAGGCUCUCAGCUUCUGCAAGGAUGAGAUGCUAAACGUACUUCAAGAUGUUUUGUUAAAGGAAACGGCCGACACGCUGAGCGAUCCACAAAGUGUGACAGAGGAGGAGAGGGAAGGCAAAUAUGUGCGCAUGCUGACCAGCUCUCUGUUGGGGGUGAAGAGAUUGCUCUCGCUGCUGCUGCCGAGCGACAGGACGGCCCUGGAGGAGAGACUAACACAUCUUCUCAACUCGGGGAAGUUCUGGAAGUACGGCAAACACAAGACACCUCAGGUGCGAGGGGCCUUUUUUGAGAUGGUGUGUGCUCUGUGUGAGUACACUCCAGAUCUGGUGCAGGCUGAAGCCGCUCGACUCUGCCCCGCUGUUCUCCUCAGCAUCGACGACACGGACCCCAUAGUGCUGCCCCCUGUGUGGGAGGCUGUUCUUCAUGUGGUGUCUACCAUCCCUGAUUGCUGGACACACGUGAACGCUAAGAAGGGCUUCUUACCUAAACUUUGGGCACUAUUAAAAGAGGGGGGCAAGGGAAUGGCUAAAUCCCUCCACCCUAAUCUAAUGCCACUCCUCAGCAAACUGCCCCAACAGGUCACAGAUCCAACCUUGGACUUCCUCACCACCUUCUUCUCCUCAUUAAUACAAGGGUAAUUCGAUUUUAUUUUAUGCUCUGGAUAGUUGAUA